AUUAUGUGGGACAAUUUCAAGUUUAACACAUACUUUCCUGGAAGAGAAGUUCCACAUCGGUUUAGCUACAAGAUCACUGGCUCCACAAUAUCUUUUACUUUGCCUUCAUUUCCUUUUCUCAAAGUUAAAGACUUGAAUCUGUGCUUAGUAUACAAAAUUCCAUCGAUGUCCCCUUGCGGUUGUCGGGUCCUAUAUGUGUCAGACUCACUACUAAGAGCAAGUGACUGGAUUGGACCUAUAAACCAAGGUGCUACGGCGUUCCGGAAGCAGACGAAGAUAUGGUAUGGUUAUGCCAUUGGCAUUGGGGACAACCAAUUCUGUUUGAAGGGGGUGAUGAAGUUCAAGCUUCGUUUGAUAUGAAAUUUGUUGGAGAAAUCAAAGAGUGUAGAGUCCACGUUUUGUACUAUGAAGAGGAGGAAGAAAUAUUCAAUUACCUCAAGACUCUGCUCACGUUGUGGGACGGCGGGCUCGUUAGGUAUAAGGGGAG